AUGGCUGAUUUUCCCUCCUCUUCCCAAGUAGUCUCUAAACAAUGGCAAGUGUUCAUCAGUUUUAGCGGGCAAGAUCUGCGCAAUAACUUCAUUAGCCAUCUGGAGGGUGCUUUCAAGCAGGCUGAAAUCAACUACUACAUAGACAACAAAGAGACCCCGAGCGAAAGCCAGAAUGUCAUUUUCACUAGAAUCCAGCAAUCACAAAUCGCAUUACCAAUCUUUUCAAGCCAGUACGCUGAGUCGAAGUGGUGUCUGAACGAGCUUGUUGAGGUAAUGAAACAAGCGAAACAAGGAAAACUUAGAGUCAUCCCAAUCUUCUUUAACGUGACCCCAAAGGAUGUAGGAAGUCCAUACGGAAGUUUUGGCUGUAAGGUAUAUGUAGAAAGUCAACAUAAUCCAUCUUCUCUGCCCAUUUGGACCGCGGCUUUAAAGUCUGCGACAGGCAAUAUUGGCUUGCUUUUGAAGAACUAUAGUAACGAGAGGUUGCUCAUUCAAGAGAUCGUUUCCUCGGUCAAGGAAGUGCUAGAUCGACUACCAAGCUUACACAAUGUGAUUUCUAGGGAGAUAUCACCGGUAACUUCUGGUAGCAGUAGUUCCUCUGAAAAGUCUUUAUUUGAUGAUGCCAUGAAUCACCGCAUAAAGCAACUGGCAGAAAUGAUAGAUUUUAGUUGCGACCAAACUCAAAUUGUUGGAAUUGUCGGGAUGCCUGGGAUUGGUAAAACUACUCUCGCUAAAAUGUAUUUCGACAAUUAUAGCGACAGGUAUGUGUUUAACAAGAUUAUCUCGAACAUUCGUGAGAUGGUCCAACUGAGAGGGCAUCAUUAUCUGGAGUCCGAGCUUCUGAAAGGUCAAGAGUUAAAUGACGAGGCUAAAAUUUUCUCAAAGAAAAUUUUUCUUGUUUUGGAUGAUGUAAGCCAGAAGAAGCACAUAGAGUUUUUACUCCACAACAGAAGACGGAUUAGGAAGGGGAGCAAGAUUGUCAUUACAACGCGCGACAAGUCAUCGAUAGCAGAAUUGUUUCCCGAAAUUUAUGUUGUCCCUCCUAUGAACGAUACAGAUGCCUGGCAGCUCUUUAAGGAUCAUGCCUUUAAAGGUGGAGUCUCUAGUACCACCGGGAACUUUCCCAAGCUGACCCAAAAGUUUGUGGAUUAUGCUGGAGGCAAUCCACUAGCCCUCGUGGAACUUGGAAAGGAGCUUAAUGGGAAAGAUGAGGCUGAAUGGGCGACGAGACUAGAAAACCUGCCAUACAAGUGCAAUGUUAAUAUCAGUAGAGAAUUAAGAAUCAGUUAUGAAGAACUCACUGUUCAGCAGAAGGAUGCGUUUCUCGACAUAGCUUGUUUCUUCAGAUCAGAGGAAGAAAAUUACGUAAAGUGUUUACUGGAUUCUGAAUGUGGUGAUGUUGUUAAAAAGCUUGCUGAAAAGUUUUUCGUUUGUAUCUCUGGGGGAAAAAUAGAGAUGCACAAUCUACUAUGUGCAUUUGGCAAAGAAAUUAGGUCCGGGGAAAGAAUGUGUGAUCAUAGGAAAACUACUGCAAUUCUAAGAGAUGCCGUUCAGCAGGAAACAAAAUAUGUGAGAGGUAUUUUUCUAGACACAUGCACAGAAACAAAAGGAAUACCAGUAGACCGUGAAAGAUUUACCGAAAAGUUCAACCCAAUGAAUCUGCGGUACCUCAAAAUCUAUGACUCUCACUUUCCAGAGAACUGUAAAGUAUACUUGCCCGAAAGACUUGAUUUCCCCUUCGAAAAGAUUCGAUAUCUCCACUGGGAUAACUUUGACUUGGAGGAGCUUCCAUCAGACUUCAACCCAAAAAAUCUUAUUGAUCUCAGGCUGCCUUACAAUAAGAAGAUCGAACGUGUUUGGGGAGCUGUUAAGGAACUGCCCCGAUUGAAAUGGGUGGAUCUAAGCCAUUCAACUAAGUUGACUGACCUGUCAGCAUUGUCGAAGGCGUUUGAUCUUCGAAGACUGAAUCUUAAAGGCUGCACGAGUCUGGAAAAGUUGCCAGAAGAUAUGGGAAAUAUGAAAAAACUUGUUUUUCUGAACCUCAGAGGAUGCACAACGCUCUCCUCUCUGCCAGAAAAGCUGAACUUAAUCUCUCUCAACACGAUCAUCCUCAGUGGUUGCUCAAGCUUUAACAAAUUUGAGCUGAUUUCCAAUAAUCUUGAAUUUCUUCAUUUAGAUGGCACUAUAAUCUCCACUCUUCCUCCGACCAUCCAGAACUUCAAGAAACUUGUGUUGUUGAACUUGAAAAACUGCACAAUGUUGGAGUCUCUUCCGGAUUGUCUCGACAAGUUGAAGGCUCUUGAAGAACUUAUGCUCUCUGGUUGUUCAAGGCUUAGGACUUUUCCUAAAAUUAAGGUGACCAUGGAAAAUCUACAGAUUUUACUACUUGAUGGGACCUCAGUUGAAAAGCCACUUCAAGAUCAACUCGAGAUGAAUGGCCUAUCCAUGCUGCGGCGUCUGUGCUUAAGCAGAAAUGAUAUGAUCAAAAGCCUGCAACCUUGCAUCAGUAAACUCUAUAACUUGCAAUGGAUGGACUUGAGGUAUUGCAAGAAUCUCACAUCUCUUUUAACGCUGCCACCUAAUCUUCAGUACUUAAAUGCACAUGGUUGCAUCUCGCUAAAAACAGUAGCGAGUCCUUUAGCUCUACUUUUGCCAACGGAGAAGGGUCCUUCCUCAUUUAUCUUCACCAACUGCGAGAAACUGGAGCACGUCGCAAAAAAUGAAAUAAUAUGCUAUGUUCACAAUAAGACCCGGAUCUCAUCAGAUGCAUUGAAUCGCCACAACAAGGGUCUUGCUUUUGAAACUUUGGCUGCCACUUGCUUUCCUGGAAGUGUAGUUCCUGCAUGGUUCGAUAACAAAGCUUCUGGAGCUGUGUUAGAGCGAGAGCUGCCUCCAUAUCUGCGUGACAAUGGGUUUGUUGGCAUAGCUUUAUGUGCUGUUGUCUCAUUUAAAAACUACAAAAUCCAAAACAACAACUUCAUGGUAAAAUGCAUAUGUGAGUUGAACAAUGUCGAGAAGUCUUCUAGCUUCUUCAAUUUCCAUAUCGGAGAUUUAUCCGAGACAGACAAUCAACAACAAUGCAGGAUCAAGUCUACCCACGUCUUUAUUGGUUUCACCAGUUUGUUCAACGGUGAGAUGAGGCGUGUUCCUACUAAAGCCUCCAUCAGAUUUGAAGUCACAGAUGGUACUUCUGAGGAUGCAAAAUGUGAGGUGCUGAAGUGCGGUUUCAGUUUGGUUUGUGAAUCUGAUAACGGUUCUUGGCAUGCAAACGCUGAAGCAAAUCAAUUGGUUUGUGAACCUGAUAAUGGUGUUAGCGAUGCAAAGGCUGACGCAGUACCAAAAGACAAUGGUUCAGGCGCUGAUGGAAGUUCAAGGGGAGAUGAACUCAGACCAGGCGAAAGUAUAUUUGUUCGUCUCUGGGGAAGAACGAGUUUUUUUGAUCAGUUGAGAAGAGGGUUAAGGUUAUAUUGAAUCCAGAUUCUGGGGAAGAUUGAAAUGAAAAGCUCGGUUACAAGGAUCAAUUCUAAGAAAGCAGUCUCGGGAUGGGACAAAGGGUUUAAAAGCAAGUUGUAACCACUCCAAAACCCAUGUGUUAUUUCAGAACCGACCACUUGAGAUUUUGAUGCACCAUGAGAAGACAGAGAACGCAUGCCUGCAACUAAUUCGCCUUCUCGGAAUAUUAAUGUAGUCUUGGACAAGAAGAAAUGGGAUAUUAACUUGAGUUGGAUGUUGCUUUAUGUCUCUGUCCUUAAGUCGUGCUC